AUGGAAUCUCCACAAUCUGUUGUGUCACCAUUCAAGAUCUCUGUCAUGGAAGAUGGUGAGAAGUAUAAAUCUGAUCUUUUCACAAAAACCUCAAGUCCUUUGUCUAAGGACAUUGAAGUCAAUAGAAAAGAAGCUCUUGCAUUGCCUAAUCACGACGAAUUCGUUGGAGUAGUUGAUGUUUACAUACUUCAAGCUAGGGACAUUCAUAACAUCUGCAUAUACCAGAAACAAGAUGUUUAUGCUAAGAUUUGUUUAACUAGUGAUCCCGAGAAUUCGGUCUCUACCAAAAUCAUCAACGGAGGAGGAAGGAACCCCGUGUUUAAUGACAAUCUUCGUCUAAGCGUUAGGACGGUCGAGUCUUGUCUCAAAUGUGAGAUUUGGAUGCUUAGCAGGGUGAAGAAUUAUCUCGAAGACCAGUUACUUGGUUUUGCUUUAGUACCUUUGUGUGAAGUUUUGAUGGAAGACGGAAAACUAGAGAAAGAGUUCUCUCUUUCUUCGACCGAUCUAUUCCAUUCACCCGCAGGUUUUGUUCAAUUAUCUCUAUCUUACGAUGGCGUUUCGCCUGACGUUAUGGUGAUUUCUUCAAGGCCUAAUAUUGAACUGGACAAAAACGGAACCGAUAAAGACUCUGAAACACGCGAGUCACUCUGGAGAGAUUUAGAUAAAAUCGAGUUCCCGGAUCCGAAAAUUGCAAACGAAGACCAUUUAAUGGUUUCAGAAUACUUUGGUACUGAUAGCUUGGCCACUACUGAUAGUGAAAGUCUGGGUUCAGAAAGAGGUGUUCAGUUUGUGGAAAGCUUAUCAGCAUCUAGUUUUGAAUCUAUUCAACCACCUAGCCAUGUAUCCACGAAUGGAGUUUCCUCUCUUUCACCGUCUGCAAGCUCAAACGAGCAAGAGAUACGCGUUGAUGUGGACGACAGUAAGCGUGAUUCAUCAUUCCAGAAACCUGUUGCGAAUGUGAAUAUUGAGCCAGAACCAAAGAUGGUUCAGCAGGAUAUAGUAGACAUGUACAUGAAAAGUAUGCAGCAAUUUACCGAGUCAUUAGCGAAAAUGAAGCUUCCUAUGGACUUUGAAAAUGGACCAACUAGUUCAGGAAACUCGAGCUCCGAACAGAAACUACAAUCACCCAAGAGUACUAACUCGCGCGUCUUUUACGGUAGCAGUGCUUUCUUCUGA